AUGGACUGGUUUUCAUGGCUAUCAAAAACUCAUCUUAAACCUCCAUUCAUUCACGAAUACGCAGUAGCGUUCUCCCAAAAUCAACUCGAAGAAGACGAUAUCGCUUAUUUCAACCAUGAAUUCCUUCAAAGCAUGGGAAUCUCCAUAGCCAAACACAGGCUUGAGAUACUCAAGCUCGCAAAAGGCUCAUCUGCUUGGCACCCAAUUGCUAAAAUAAUGAUAGCCAUCAAGAAAACCAAAAGAACCUUGGGUAGUUACAUUCGAACAUGGGUGCACCACAAUGAUUCGGCUAUGAUCAGGGUGAAGAGAAGGAGUUACAGUUCAAGAUGGAAAGAGGCCAUGGCCAAGAGGAGCAACAGGUUGGUGAUGAACAGACGAGGCUCUGCAACUCUUUUGAUCAAUAAUGGCUACCCGCCGGUGGUUAAAUCCGGAGGCGCGAGAGUGAAUAGCUUAUCGAGUCCAUUGGUUUACGAUCUCCACUAUGACCAAGGGAAAACAGAAGGCGGCGACGAUGAAGGAAAUUGCUUCACCGACGAUGAAGACGACGGCGAUGGUGGCAGAUAUUGGUCUGGUAGAGGUGUUGAAGAGAUCAAGUGGGACGCUAUGUUCCACAACUUAAAACCCACUUAA